AUGACGCCAUUCUUCGUCACCAUGUUCUUUCUCCCCCUUUCAUCCCUCGCCACCGCCGCCAACUUCACUGAAGUCUUCGAGUGGCCCAAUAAAUUGGACUUUGAGUGGCCGUCGGAAGCGAGAAGGACACAGGCCUUGAGAGAUGGAACUUUCGAACAACAGAAAAUUGAGCCUGUUUACAUGGCUGUCUACGGUUCAAGGAUCUUCCUAAGCCUUGAAAAAUAUAGUUACAUUCCGGUGAGUCUGGUGUCUUUGCCGACGAACAGCGCGUCCUCCGCACCCCCGAAUCUCACUCCAUUCCCUUCGUGGGACAUGCAUGAAUAUGAAAACUGCGACAAAAUUGAAAAAGCAAGAGGGCUGGAAGUGGACUCGGUUGGAAGGCUGUGGCUGCUCGAUGAGGGCAGCCCCAAAUGCUAUUCCAAAUUAUGGAUUAUCGACUUGUCCAACGACGAUAAAACCAAAAUCAUUCACCGGUUUCCUUUUCUCUCUUCAUCCAUGCACGACUUGGUGCUUGAAGAAGCGGCCAACGGAACUUUUGCCUACAUCUCACGGUGGGGUGAACAAAGCAUUGUCGUGUUUAGUUUGGAAAGGAAACAGUCUUGGAUUGUGGACACGCCAAGAAUGGAGGUGUAUUCCAUUGCCCUGUCCCCCAAGGAUGAGGAACCGAGAAAGCUCUACCUUGGCAAUUGGAGUUCCAAUGGACUCUAUUCAAUUUCCGUCGCCACUCUCCGCAACGGAACUCGAACUGCAAAACCAAAGCUAAUCGGAAAAUGGACUUCAAAUAAAUCGUACAGAAUGCUGAUGGACAACAACGGUACAAUUUAUGCCGCCUUUAAGUGGAAAAACUACAUAUCCUCGCUUAACACUUCCCAGCCUUUCGAGGAGCAGCGUUUUCAUGAGGUCGCUGGACAGGAUAGUUAUUGGCCGUUCACUUUUGUCUUGGAUCAAAAUGGAACUUUUUGGAUGACAGUGUUUGAUUUCCAAAGAAAGCCAAGAUGCAGGCUUCUGGAGGCUGCAAUCGGAGCCAAAUCGUACAUCAUUGAUGCCUCCCCAGUUACGCCCGCCACUGCGACCAACCCUACCCUUUCCCGAGACACCAAACUUACGCCGCUGACCAACUUGUUGCACCUUUUUAUCAUCGUCGUGAUCUGCUCCUUCGUAUUGAUCAUUCUCUGGCUCAUCCUGAGACAGAAGAUGAAAAUUAUCUGUGUGCUAGAGAACAACGGGGUAGUCAUGGUCAAAUAA